GAUUACUCUCUGAUCAGGAUGUGGUGUAGCGUCUUGGCAGCAAACAACCUGUGGGGCAAGGUUUACGUACGUUUCUCCAAGGAUUUGCAUAUUUAUGUCAUAAUUCCAGACAUAGCUGUCACCUUUUCUGCAGAGGGUGCUCCGGCAGCUGAAAGCCACUUUGAGGGAGGAAAUAAGGAUGCGCAUAAACAAUUUCCAAGAAGUUACACAUUCUAUCCGGACGAGGUGACAGGCUAUCCUACCCAGGAGGGCUGCUUGUAUUAUUUAAAAGAAGGCGAACACUGUCUGCGGAGGAGUGGCAUGACAGGCAGAAUCGACGUGGGCGUCUGCCGUGGACAGAAAUGCGUCUCAGUAAGGCUUAAUCGGGAGAAUAUCGCUGAAAUACUAUUGUGGCUUAUUAAAAAUCCCCACAGUUACUCUUAAAUACA